AUGAAUUUGUUUAGGAUAUUGGGAGAUCUCUCCCAUAUCACAUCGAAAUGCAUUCUCAUCUUCGCCAUCCACCAGAACCGGAGUAGUGAGGGUGUUUCCAUGAUCACCCAAGCACUCUACGCCGCCGUCUUCUGCACCAGAUAUACCAACCUCUUCAGCGAAACCUCUACAUGGAAUGUCUUCUUCAUGAUCUUUUAUAUCUUCUCGUCGUUUUACAUCAUUGCCAUUAUGCGCUACAAGUACCCCAGGACGCGGGAAAGAGAGGUUGCUUGGAAGCUUGGUGGUGCCGCAGCGGCUGGUGCCCUGGUCCUCUCGCCCUUUACUACGCUCAUUUUCAGAGGACCACCGAUGGCUGGCUUUUUAAAGUGGCUCUGGAACUUCUCCGAGAUCCUCGAGUCUGUUGCCGUUCUCCCCCAGCUGCUCCUUCUGCGACAGACGACUGUCCCUACCGUCAUCAACUCGGGCUACAUUCUGACUUUGGGUUCCUACCGCGCCCUGUACAUUCCCAACUGGAUCUGGCGCUAUGCCCACAACGAUCCCCCGUACCCCGUUUCGGUCAUCUUUGGUGUCAUCCAGACGGCAUUCUACAUUGACUUUGCCUGGGUCUACUACACCCGCCAGCGCGUCAAGCUCCGAAACGGUGGCAUUGUAGACGCUGAUGAUAUGAGACGAGGCUGGCUGCUGGACAGAAUCUUUGGCAUCAAGCGCUUCGACCCUGUGCACGACGAUGAGGAGAGCGCCCCGGCUCUGGGAAGCGGCAAUGGCAACGGUGCCUCGAACGGCGCCCGCAGGUCCAAGUGGGGUGCUCGCGGCAUCUCGGUCAGCGCCGAUGAGGACACACAUGAGCACGAGGCUAGCCGCGGCAACGAGGAGUUUAGCGCAGACCCCGACGCCAAGAUGCAGGAUCCCGAUGAGCUCGCCCGGGCCCUGGACGAUGAUGACGACGAUGAACACACACCCGCCACCUCUUCUGCGUCUUCGCGUGGAGCUGCCGGUGCCGCCAACGAAGUGAGCAACGGAAGCGAGUGGCGAGACUAG